AGUAACUGCCCAAGCGUCGCAGAAAGGAGUUGACCAGGGCAGGCAGAGGAGCCAGUUUGGGAAUACCAAUUUGUGUACAUAUUUUUCUAUUCAAUUUUUGCCCAUUACAAUCUGUGGAGAUGUUUAACAGUCUUCUAAGGGAAUUCGACGAGGAUCCAUUCUUUGCCUCAGCAAGUGAUCCGUUCCAGGCGCACAGUGAGCGUGUGCGACAGAUGAUGCGCAGCUUCUCCGACCCGUUCGGCCACGGCCUGAUGCCCAGCCUGACUGACGGGAGGAGCCGCGUCCAGACGCAGACGCAGCCCAACGGAGCUCUGCAAGAGAACCAGAACCCCAGGGGCAGGAGCAACUCGCUGGUCCCCUUCGGCUUCGGGGAUCACAUGGGUAUGGAUCUGAGGAACCCCUUCAGUAUGAUGGACAACAUGAUGAUGGGCAUGCGAAGUCGGAUGGACGAGAUGCACAGGAACUUUGAGAACCUGUCGACAGACUCCAACACCCACUCGUUCAGCUCCUCCUCCAUCUCCACCUACUCUAAAGUGGGCAACGAGCCGCCCAAGGUGUUCCAGGCCCACAGCCAGACACGGCGAGCACCCGGAGGGGUCAGUGAGACGCGGCGCAGCCUGAAGGACUCGGACAGCGGCGUGGAGAAGUUGUCUAUCGGCCACCACAUCCAGGACCGCGGCCACGUCAUCGAGAAGAAACGCAACCACAAGACCGGCGAGCGCGAGUUCAACCAGGAUUUCCAGAACAUGGACGAGUCUGAGGCGGAGGAGUUUGACGAGGAGUGGCAGAAGGAGGUAUCGAAGUUCCAGCCCGUGGCGCCCCUGGCCAGCAUCGAGGCGUCCAAACCCAGAGCCCGCACCGUUCACCGAGCUGCCAUCGCCGCCCCCGACAACGCCAGGAAAAGCCCUAAAGUGGAGGGGACGAAGACCCACAUCCACGAGAUCAAAGUGCAGCGGCCUGGUGUGCAGGAGCCCUGAGCCAAUAAAACACUCGUGUGAUCGGUAGCAGCAAUCCUCUGGUGCUUCUGUGUCUCAUGUGUCUGACUCCCCCAAGCCUGCUCCUCUGGUGUCCACACACUCACACACACACACACACACACACACACACACACAAACACGUCUCACACACACACACACACACACACACACACACACACAAACAUGCACACACACAGACUCACACACACACGUGUGGUGCCAGCCAUUCUAUGGCCUGUGUGUAGAUGCCCUAGUUACUCUCUUAAUCUCCACUCCAAGACUUUUAAUUUGACGAUUGAAGAUUCAGUUCUCAGUUGAUUCUCCAUUUCAACAACACAAAGAAGUGACCCAAAUCAGUCUGACUGGACCUCUGAGAGUUUCCAUUUGUAUUUGUGUGAACAAUGUAGCUCUAAUAGUGAAGUGAAAAACCACUGUAGGCGAACUACCAGCAAAGAAAUCUCACUUUGUUGAUCCGAGACCAUAUUCGUCCAGUCGAGCACUCACUUUUGUGAUUUUUACAGAACUGGAUUGGAGCGUUGCAUUUUUUAAAAGAUGUUGAGUUCAACAAAAAAAGAAGAUGCUUAUUUAUAUACAUUAUGUGUUUGUUCAAAGAUGCACUUAGAAAUUAUUAUUAUUCUGAAUGUAUACAGUUUAUGAUUGUGAAGAGUCUAUUCUGCGGAGUGUGAUUCUUGCUGUAAUGUUUAUAAAAAAAUGUCCCUCAGAAAUACCCUUUUUAUAUUAUAAUAACGUCUGUGUUCAUCAGGAAAUGUGAUGGCUAUGACAUUUUAUUUUCUGGCUAUGGUAUUUUAUGUUGAUGGCUAUGGCAUUUUAUGUUGAUGGUUAUGCCAUUUUAUGUUGCUGUAUGUUGUAUGCGAGUUAAAGCUAAUACCCUCAUAGCUGUUGCUGCUGGUGCAGACCUGCCCCAAACUGGUGCGCAUCCCUGCCGGUUCAGUGCCAUGUCGGGGCCAGAUCUGGGCCACAGCCGGCCGCUCUCUGGAUGCAGGUUCUCUGUGGGCGGACGUCAGCCAUGGCCCUGAUGUACACACACAGUCGUCCUCGUCCAUCUCCUCGCGCUAAUUUGUGUUACUUUUUUUUUUCUUCAAGAAUGUGAAAUGUAAUACAUGUCACUGAAUAAAUAACACUGUUUGCUGAA